AGCAGUACUGUCAGUCUCAUUCCAGAUGGAGAGAAAGAUGUAAAAUGGGAUUCAUUUCCAUCGGCAUUAUUUCAUGUACAUGAAUGGAUUGUCGAUAGUUGUGAGCUAAUGGCGCAUUUCAUAUCAUUUUUUCAAGAUGCAGCUGAUGACAAUAAUACUAGGUUGCGGAUUUGCCAAGCAGUUGGUUUCUGGAUUCGUGCGUGCCCUACACAUUUCGAUGCUCCGCUGUGUAGGCUUGUCGACCGUCUAAAAGUUCUCGCACUGUCGAAAAAUACGCCUGAUGCUGCAGCUCUUCUUGACCUGUCUGCAAUGUAAAU